GAGUUCAUCGACGGGAGAUAAGCAACGCGCCGAACAACACCAAAUGAACGGAGGACUGCGAAACAGUGGAGGAGUCUGCUGGUAGAAACGAGAACGUUGCAGCUAUCCAGCGCAACUCUACAUUCACACUUAAGACAAUCACUUUCUUAUGCCGCCAUCGGUAGCGUGAGCAUCAAGCAGAUAUCGAGCGAUGGCAACAGAGCCCGACUUCUCAAACACACAUGGUCAAACGCUAUCAGCUGCUCAAUAAGCCUGCUGGCAAUUAAAUCUUAUACGUACCGGCAUCCUAACUGUUACAGGCAAUAAUACAAUACCUUGUACUCAUAUGAAAUCAAAGUUUCAGGUUGACUAAUAGUCCCACCAUUAUUGUGAUCGCAGUCGUCGAUAGCCUGCAAAGAAGUGUACGCCGAUAGGACAAACACAAUGCGACCCUCAGUAGGGCUCCACAAGUCGCGAUGUUCAGUGGGAUAGCCCCGUGCCCCGGUGGCGGCUAAAAAAAUUUGCUGGGGCGCCGCGUGGGAGCCGUACGGCUCAGCGGCUUUGUGGGGGCAAGUGUUUGUUUGUUAUUAGGGGGUAGUCGUAGAAGUGGUGCCAGUUGCGUUGGUGGCUGCGUAGAGAGUGCUGAAGUUACGCUACGUUGGUUGUGGUUAGCGGAAAGAGCAAGGAAACCAGCGAAAUUAAUAGUGAAGUGCAGAUUCGGAGUGAAAAGCGUAAAUAGAUAGAAAAAAAAAAAAAGAGCAAACGUGGAAUAUUGUGGAUAGUGAGCGAGGUCGCAAGGACGAAACGACGAGUGAAUAGAACCGAAGCAAAAUUUCACGGCGUGUGGAUAUUAAGGUUGAUAGCGGAAGCCCGUCAUUGCUGCUGCGACCCUUUCGACUGUAAUUAUCUUUGCCGCCGACAACAAGGGGUAUUGCGCUAUCGUGAACGCGAUUGGAGUACGUUCUGGGGCAGUGGCGGUGUGUAAUUGUGUGUGUGUGCUCAGUGUACGACGACCGCUUCUUCACAUCAUUAUCAAAAUGAAGGCUUGCAUCGGGAUGCAUGCCUUGCCUGCUAUGUUCGUGGCAUUGAUCAUGCUCAACGGCGACCAAGUGGCACAAACAUACGCCUCGUUCAGUGUCGACGAAUUGCUUACGUACCGAUUUCCAAAUCGAAGUUCGAACGAUGUCGACCUCGACAUCUGCAAGCAUCAGCGCCCUGAAGGUACAGACAUUGUCGGAUGGAUAGUACCUCAUAGCAGACACCACGGUGGGGAAAAGCCGAGUUCACAAGGUCACGCCCCGGAACUCAACAGAAGUCACCCUCAUCGCAGAAAAAAUUUGAGAAUACGGUACCACGAUCAUUGGCGGCAAAGCCGGAGACGAUCUCAUCGCGCGGCCACAGCCAGAGUUGACCGAUUAUGGGACUUUGCUAUAAUUCCCUACGAAAUAGAGGCAAAUUUUUCAGGUCCUCAUCGGGCGUUAUUUCGGCAAGCUAUGCUUCACUGGGAGAACUAUACUUGUGUUAAGUUCGUUGAGAAGGAGCCAGUUCAUCACAACUACAUCGUGUUCACCGAACGGCCCUGUGGGUGCUGUUCAUUUGUAGGCAAACGGGGCAACGGGCCCCAAGCUAUAUCUAUUGGGAAGAAUUGUGACAAAUUCGGAAUCGUCGUGCAUGAACUCGGCCACGUCGUCGGCUUCUGGCACGAACAUACCCGGCCAGACAGGGAUAACCACGUGCACAUUAUCGAUAAAAAUAUAAUGCAAGGUCAAGAGUACAACUUCAAUAAAUUGACAGAGGAAGAUGUUAACUCAUUGGGUCUACCGUAUGACUUCGAUUCAAUCAUGCACUACGCACGAAAUACGUUUUCCAAGCAUACCAACCUCGACACGAUCCUACCCCGAGACGAUUCUUCGGCCCUCAUUCCACUUCAGAUUGGCGGAGGGCGUAUCGGCGAAGGUGGUAGCAGAAAGCGGCCAGAGAUCGGACAACGGGUUCGUUUAAGCAUAGGCGACAUCGCGCAAACGAACAAACUCUACAACUGCCCCAGAUGCGGACGCACGUUACAGGGUCCAUCUGGACGACUAUCAGCAGCUGAAUUCGAAACGGCCGAUGGCUUAUGCGAAUGGCGCAUUACAGCUACCCAUGGCGAGCGAAUUCAACUUAACAUCACACAAAUGGACAUCUUCGAAACCGAGAACUGUGAAACUGAUUACGUUGAGGUUCGUGACGGAUACUGGCACCAAAGCGAUCUUAUUGGUCGCUACUGUGGCACUGGAACUCUGCCGGACACGUUACUCAGCAGCGGAUACAGAAUGACCGUGAUUUAUCGAACUUCGAGCAAUGCCAACAAGCAUUCAGGAUUCGGUGCUACCUACGAAGCAAUUUGCGGCGGCGACUUAAGUUUGGAGGAUACCUUGGUACUGCAGAGCCCAAACUACCCGGACGAGUAUCGACCAGCCAAGGAAUGCGUCUGGAAGAUUAUCACCGAAGAGAAGUUCCAAGUUGCGCUCAAGUUCCAGGCUUUUGAGGUGGAAAGUCACGACAACUGUGUGUACGACUACGUCGAGAUCGUUGACGGCCACGACAACGACAGUCCAGUCAUUGGGAAAUAUUGUGGUUUCAAACUGCCCGAGGACAUCCGCUCCUCGGACAAUAAACUUAUGCUAAAGUUCGUCUCGGACUCUACGGUGCAAAAAGGAGGAUUUUCCGCGACGAUGCUAAAGGAAUUCGACGAGUGCGUAAAUACGGACCAUGGUUGCGAUCAUAUUUGCAUUAAUACCCUCGGAAGCUUUAAAUGCGAGUGCAAGAUUGGGUACGAGCUGCAUUCAGACGGUAAAAAAUGCGAAGAUGCCUGUGGGGGUAUGCUAGAGGGUAUGAAUGGCACACUGACAUCACCGUCUUUUCCCGAUCUUUACCCCCCUAACAAGAACUGCAUUUGGGAAAUUGUAGCACCGCCUCAACAUCGGAUCACGCUUAAUUUUACGCACUUCGAACUCGAAGGAACAAACCAAGAGUGCGAAUACGAUAGCGUAGAUGUGAGUUCCCGAGUGCGCGACGUGACGGUUAAAAAGCAUGGCGUAUUCUGUGGUACGCAGAAGCCAUCGUCGAUCACCUCCGAAGGCAACGUGCUCAGGGUUGAAUUCAACUCAGACAACUCUGUGCAGAAGAGCGGUUUCGCGGCGGUCUUCUUUACGGACAAGGACGAGUGUUCCACGAAUAAUGGAGGCUGUCAGCAUAUAUGUCGGAACACGAUUGGUUCAUUUCAGUGCGCCUGCUUCAAUGGUUUUGUACUCCAUCCAAAUGGUCGCGACUGCAAAGAAGGCACCUGCAUGCACCACGUGCAUUCACAACAAGGCGGUGAAAUUACCUCGCCAAACUAUCCCCUCGAAUAUCCUUCUAAGAAGGAAUGCGCCUGGCUUUUCUCGACAACUCCAGGACACCGUCUGAAGCUGGUCUUUGAUGACUUCGAAUUGGAGCCACACCAGGAGUGUUCCUACGAUAGUUUGUCAGUGUAUGACGGAGAGAAUACCGAUUCGAGUUCAUUGGGCAUUUUCUGUGGAGCGCGAGCGCCACAUCCGCUACUUUCAUCGAACAACAAGAUGUAUCUCGUCUUUAAGUCGGACGCGUCUGUCAGCCGAAAAGGCUUCAAAGCACGACAUUCAACAGUAUGUGGUGGACGACUUCAGGCUCGAGCAGGUGUCCAACAUAUCUAUUCACACGUCAAAUAUGGCGACCAGGACUAUAAUAACGGCGCGGAUUGCGAUUGGCUUUUGGAGGCCGAAGGCGGUACCGGUUUUGUUCGAUUGCAAUUUAUGGCUUUUGAACUGGAAGGUGAUAACCCUACGGAUUGCGGGUACGAUUCGCUGACUCUAUACGACGGCUACGAUGAUUCAACGGAACCCCUUAAUGUAUUUUGCGGAACAAAGCUGCCCUCCGAUGUUGUGACGGGUCCCGUUUUGUUAGUUCGUUUCAAAACAGACGACAACAUUGCGGCUAAAGGCUUUUCCUUGGCUUACUCACUGGAAAGCACGGGAAAUAAUAUCUCGACCGGUCUAACGCGCAUUUCACUUAAGCCGCCAGUCUUCUAAGCAAAUGCCAACAAUGGCCCACAAUUGAGGGGCUUCGCCCGUAAGAAAACUGCUACUGUAGUUUCCACUUGCAACAAUUAUGCGAUACGUCGUGGGUCAUCGUUAGGAACAAGGGAUCUAUUCGAGGAACAUUUUCGUCUAAAUAUCAAUUGCGCUUCCGUUUGUUCGUCCUAAUGGAACAAGCAGGACCUUUGACUAGUUGAGAAGGGAAUCAAUAUAUUUAGAUCUGUGUAUAGUGGUAAAUACUUCUCAUGACUAUAGUUCUUUUUGUCUAUGUCGUGUCUCCUUCAUACCGAAGAGAACUGAGCGAGUCUGUCUGAGAGGCGUUAAACAGUAGCGAGAAUUAUGCAUUCUUCAUUGUGAUGUGCGAAGUCGUUAAAUGGCUAAUACUUCACGAAGUUCGAGGGGACGAGGCAGCCGUUAACAGUGACAGAUAACCAUAUUUUGGCCGAUAUGAUGUUCUGAACUUAUUUUACAGAGAAACUUGCUUUCCGGACUAGAAAUAUAAACGCGGAAAACUAUAUUUAAUGAAAAUCUGAUCAAGACGUUCAGACGUUCUUUGCAGAGUAGAGUAGACAGAACAAUUUGCUUAGCAAUAACAUCUUAUGUGCGUGUUGCCAGUACACGAAGCUCUAUCAGUCUAUCCCAAAUAUGUGAUACUAUAUGAAUACUUUUAUGGCAAUAGAGUUGUAACCACCUGAGUUUUUGCGUAGCAUUUUAUGCCAUUUGUCGACUAGCACCUUUUCGUUCUAGUAGUAGCAGUAAUAGAGCAAUGUAUUGGGUAGUUAUGUGGUUCGAACCCAUUUAUUGCGGCUCAUUUCGUAGAGAAAGGCUUCUACAUUUUAAUAAAAUUCACUUGACAGGUGUCUCUUGACUCACAAGGGAUGACACAUUAUUAAACCACUAAUGUUCAAAAGUAUUUUCUAUUUGUUUUGCUCAUAUGUCUUGUUUGGCUAAUAUUAGAAAACAAAUCAUCAUAGAAAUCAUUCCGCACAAGCUUGCGCUGUAGCUCUUUUGUCUGUAAAAGCUCUCGGCGGCAGUGUUUGUACAACAAAACGUUUGUGUGCGUGUAACGAAAGCUCAUGAAGAUACCCAUCUUGAUCAUGAAUCACCAAGUAAAGGACAUGCGCUAACGAUUAUGGGAAGGAAAGAAGACAAAUCAAAGUGCCAACAACAACAGCAAGUGAUGGAGCGACCCAACGCCGAUUAAGACAACUAUGAACUGCAAUCGAUCGAUACGCUAUUGUACAUAGAGUUUAUAAAUUACACUCAUUCGUUUUUACGACGGAGUAAGAGAGGUUAGGCUCGAAUCACAAAAAUACAAACGUACGGCUCGAAACAUUUUCCAUACAGAGAAAUUUUACCUCGAAAGUGUGUAUAACAUGUCACAACGCCAUCGUUAAACCGGCACGUUACGCGAGCUGAGGCGAGUGAUUGCCUAUCAAAGAAACGAGGCUUGUGAACUUGAAAAAUUCGAUUUUAAACUAAUAAUACCACAGUAAAAGGGUGAUGGGCAUAUUUCCAGGGUGGACGUCUCCUAUUUGAGGGAUAUGAGUGGUUUAAAAUAUUGGUUAUACCAUUGACUAAACGAUAUCCUUGCAUCACCGCGUCCAACCCGAAGGAGAAAAUAACCAUGCGUCGAUUUAGCAGUAUAUAACAAUGUUCGGAAACUGUCGAAAUUUUGAAAGAUAUUGAAGGCGUUGUCUAAGUGGAGUGUCAAGUUCGUCAGGUUGAUUAUUAUAGUACAGCUGAAUUGGACAUAGCAUCGGCCGACAGGUGUGUCUGUGUUUGUAUCGACCAUAAGUUGAAGGACGGUGUUAUUUAGGCCCAUGUUAACAUCAACGGUCUUCACCAAAGGCAAAUCAUUCAGAUAUUUCCGAUCUCGUUGUCGUCUGGGUCGGCAAACUGCAAGGCCAUGCGACUAGGGGUAGUUACUUUAAAUAAGGGUAGUCGAGUUGAGAUAAAUACCGUUUUUAUAACAUGUGAGAAAAGAGGCACCCAGGUGGGGUGAAACUAGCCCGCGCUGAUAACCAUCUGUUAAUAACGGAGAUCGAAAGUAAACUUGUUGACCGCAACCGCACAAUCGGAAUUUAAGUCUGGGAAAAAUUAAAUGUCGACGAAAACGAAUACCAUAAAGAUUAUCGCAGGGAUAAGAAACAUUCUAAACGGACAGGGCGCGUUGUUGUACAUAAGAGUUUUACGAUAAUUUUAUGCAUUAGUUUCAUCAUUACCAUUACUGUCUACGUCUGUUCUUUGGUACUUUAACUUACCAUGUGUACGGAAUAAAUAACAAAGUUGUUCUAGAUCACAAACAACUUUUACCACCGCGAAUGAGAAAAACUAUAAUGACAGGAAAAAUGUAAUUGUGUACUACUAGAAUGCUAUUCCAUUUCCACAAAUGUACAUCAGAAAAAAACACGGUACAAAGCAAUUCGCCGUGUACCGCGUCUAGGUAAAAGGAUAAAGACCUGAUCAAUAAAUAUGAUUUAUACAUA